AUGGGCGUUACCGGAGCACCUGGAGCCAAGGGAGACCUCGGGGCUCGAGGCUUGACUGGAGACCCAGGUCUGCCGGGAAAGCUGGGCCCUCUUGGCCAACCAGGGCGCGCGGGGACUCCGGGAGUCCCAGGUGAGCAGGGCGAAAGAGGCGAGAAAGGCGAGCGGGGAGAGAGCGGCGUGGGGCCCAGGUCAGCCUUCUCUGCGAAGGUCGGCGCCUACACGCCGGCAGCCGGCGCUCCAAUGACGUUCAACGUCAUCAUCACCAACCCGCAGGGCCACUACAACCCCGGCACGGGGAAGUUCACCUGCGCCCAUCCAGGCGUCUACUAUUUCACGCUGUACAUGCAUGCCCAUGAAAAGCACCUCGUGAUUAUGAUCAUGAAAAACGGGAAGGUCGUCUCUAAGGUGUGCGGUGAGAAAUUCAACGCAAUAAGUGGCAGCGUCGUGCUGAGUCUCAAAGCCGAGGAUGAGGUUUGGCUGGAGAUGGAGGCUCCAUACAUAAAUUUGUUCUUCAACGUGCACAGAGAUGCGGUGUUCAGCGGCUAUAUGUACCCCGGAGCAACGUACCAGAUGCACUGGGUACGCAAAUUCACCAUCGAGGUCGACUACAGCGUCAGGGACACCCCCAGGACUCAACG